CGCGCUCCCGCAGAGUCUGACGAUUUGGGCGCUGGCCAGUGACUUGUGGUCCGAGUGGCUGCACCAGGAGGCGACAUGGCUGCAGGGUUCAGGCGAAGCUGCGAGGUCCUAAGAAGUAUUUCUCGUUUUGACUGGAGAUUACAACAUACGAAAGCCACUCCACAACGUGAACCAAGAUUAGGAUUUAGUUUUGAGUUCACUGAACAGCAGAAAGAAUUUCAAGCUACUGCUCGUAAAUUUGCCAGAGAGGAAAUAAUCCCAGUUGCUGCAGAAUAUGAUAAAACUGGUGAAUACCCUGUCCCCCUAAUUAAAAGAGCCUGGGAACUUGGUUUAAUGAAUACACACAUUCCAGAGAGUUGUGGAGGUCUUGGCCUUGGAUGUUUUGAUGCUUGUUUAAUUACUGAAGAAUUGGCUUAUGGAUGUACAGGGGUUCAGACUGCUAUUGAAGGAAAUUCUUUGGGGCAAACGCCUAUUAUUAUUGCUGGGAAUGAUCAACAACAAAAGAAGUAUUUGGGCAGAAUGACUGAGGAGCCAUUGAUGUGUGCCUACUGUGUAACAGAACCUGGAGCAGGCUCUGAUGUAGCUGGUAUAAAGACCAAAGCAGAAAAGAAAGGAGAUGAGUAUAUUAUUAAUGGUCAGAAGAUGUGGAUAACUAAUGGAGGAAAAGCUAAUUGGUAUUUUUUAUUGGCGCGUUCUGAUCCAGAUCCUAAGGCUCCUGCUGGUAAAGCCUUUACUGGAUUUAUUGUGGAAGCAGAUACUCCAGGAGUGCAGAUUGGAAGAAAGGAAUUAAACAUGGGCCAGCGAUGUUCAGAUACAAGAGGAAUUGUUUUUGAAGAUGUGAGAGUGCCCAAAGAAAAUGUUUUAAUUGGUGAAGGAGCUGGUUUCAAAAUUGCAAUGGGAGCUUUUGAUCUAACCAGACCUCCAGUAGCAGCCGGUGCUGUUGGAUUAGCACAGAGAGCUUUGGAUGAAGCUACCAAAUAUGCCCUGGAAAGGAAAACUUUUGGAAAGACACUUGUAGAGCACCAAGGGAUAUCAUUUUUGCUGGCUGAAAUGGCAAUGAAAGUUGAACUAGCUAGACUGAGUUACCAGAGAGCAGCUUGGGAGGUUGAUUCCGGUCGCCGAAAUACCUAUUAUGCUUCUAUUGCAAAGGCAUUUGCUGGAGAUAUUGCAAAUCAGUUGGCUAGUGACGCUGUGCAGAUUUUCGGGGGCAAUGGAUUUAAUACAGAAUAUCCUGUAGAAAAACUAAUGAGGGAUGCAAAGAUCUAUCAGAUUUAUGAAGGUACUGCGCAAAUUCAAAGGCUUAUUAUAGCCCGUGAACACAUUGGCAAGUAUAAUAAGUAAAGAGAUUGCUAUAGAAACAUAAUUAACCAUUGAGUAACUAGAACAUAAUCCACUAUUUAAGCUUCAAAAAAGAGAAAGGGCUUUAACAUUUUUCCAGUGAAAAUAAAAAUAAGUGUUCCUAUAUUAAAUCUAUGCACCUGAUUCUAAUAGUAGUUUGUGUUUUUCUUUAUGAUUUCCUUUUUCUCAAAUAGAUUUGGUUUUAUUAAAAUUAUGUUGUCCUUAGUACCACUGUACUUGAAUUACAUUAACCUAGAAAAAUACAUUUGUUUUUUUAUUUUGAUCCCUUAAAAUUAAAGUAACAGAAAUUCCUUGGAAUUUCAAUAUUUUUCCAGUGAUAGAAAAGUGGGCUUAUAAAAUAUUCAGAAUGUUCCAAAAUUUACAUUAAGAAAAUACUGUAGGACAUGGAUACCAUCAAACAAGUGGCCAGUGGCUUUGUAGACUUAAUGGUAUUAUGCUGUUAGAGUAAUAAAUUUUACUACAACUUGGAAAGCAUUUGCUUUCAGUUUUGCACAGUAACAGUCAAAAUUUUGAUAUUUAUAUUCUUCCAUUAUACAACUGCAUGAAAUUUCUUGAAAAUUCUUGUUCAAUUCCGACCCCACAUUUCAGCUGUCUUAUUUAAAAUAAAUCCAUAAAGCUUGUCUUGAAUUAUUUUUAUAUGACUCUGCUGGUCUCUAGGUAGACUUUGGUUUAUUGUAUACAAUCUCACUUCAUGUGCAUGCAUUUUGAAAAGGAACUUAAAUAAAAAUUGUCUGUUCAAUGCUUAUUAGUGUACCUUUUUAUAUUCUUUCCAGGAACUUUUUUUACUUCAUAUAAUAAUGUAUACUUCAUGUAUUUACUGUAAUGAAAAAAGUCCUGUCUUGAUUUUGAACUGUGUAAAGUUAUCCACCCAAUUUUUAUUAGAUUAUAUUAAUAGAGAUCUCAGAAAAUAUAAAUAUGAAAUAAAAUAACAACCAAAA